CACGACUGAGGCAUGACAGCAGGUCAUGUCAUUGGUCAUAUGCACUGCUUUCUUCCCUAGAGACAGCUGCAUUGAAGAGACGUGAAGCAUUUUUGCUCCCCAAAUUUGGCACUGCUACCUAAAGGAGAACCACAGAGAUGGCUAGGGAGAAGGGACUUACAGAAAUUCCUAUGAUUAUGUACGAACCGCAUCGAGAACCCUACGUACAAGAACCCUCUGCACCAGAAUACCGCGGGCAAGAGGGGGGUUACGAAUAUCCUUCUCCCCCACCUUACUCCUACCGAGAAACAGUCGAGCGACCAGUUUACAUGGUGUCUCAGCCGCCAGUCAUUUUAGCAGGAAUCUUCUCAAGCAAACCAGCAUCCACAAUAUGCCCUUCCUGCCACCAGCACAUUACCACACAAGUCACCUACAGACUGGGCAGACUGUCUUAUCUUCUGUGCACCAGCUUAUGUAUGAUCGGGUGCUGUUUUGGAUGCUGCUUCGUUCCUCUGCUCAUGAAGAUCUUCAAGGACGCAGACCAUUACUGCCCGUUUUGCCAAUUUCAUAUUUAUAGAUACAAAAGACUGUAAGAACAAAGUUUAUACAACCGUAUGAUGCCAAGUCUCUCCAUUUCCUAAUGGUGUAAGAUUUCAUAGGUAAAAAUACUACUAGGAAACAUAAAGAAGUAGGCUUAAAUACUGCAACUCCCUCACUGACUAAUCCAGCUGAACUUUAUCAUCACAUAGUUGGACUGACUAAAAAAAAAAAAGCCUCAAGCCUAGUUUAUAUUGUCACUUGAAUUUAUACUCUAUUUGGAUGCUUUUCUUGAGCUAUGAAGUGAUAUGAAGUGACCAGCUAGUGAAUACUUUGGUGCUCUCAUCGCUCCAUUCAAAUCUCUAAUCCAGCUGGGACACACUCGCUCCUGGACUUUUCAAAACAUCAGUAAGUGAGAGGUUUGCAAAUGCAUGUUUUGGAUAAGCACUUCAUUUUUACACCAAAACUGACUGGUCAGGAUUUGUUUCUCUGUGCUCCUCUUUGUAUGGGACCUACCCCUGCAGGGCUGUGGGUGGUACAGUAUAGCUGAUUAUUUAUUAAUGGGAUACUAAGUUAUUAAAUUGUCAUGUCUGUUAUAUAUGAGGUAAGGAAAUAAACCUUUCAUCAUUACCAGUUCUGCCAAAACA